AUGGCACCACACCUAAACUCAACCUCUUUAGAGAGGGUAGACGAUGGCCAAACAUCCGAACAACCACCCGAAGUUUCCGAAAACGCGUGGGAAAGGUUGAUGACAACAUUACGAUGGUAUCCAAAAGACAUGAGCUCGAGUGAGAAGCGACUGGUACUCAAACUCGAUCUCAUGAUACUGGUAUACGGAUGUCUGUGCUUUUUUACCAAGUACCUCUCGCAAGCCUCUAUUACCAAUGCCUACGUCACUGGUAUGCGAGAAGAGCUUAGGAUGUUUGGAAAUGAGUUUAACUACGCCACAAUCACCUUUUGGAGCUCUUAUUGUGUUGCCAUGAUCCCCGCUUGCUAUUACCUCACCCGCUAUCCCGUCAACGUUGUCUUGCCUCUCUGUGAGCUUGGAUGGGGCUUUUCUACUUUUGGACUCGCCUGGGCCCGCAACGUCGGCACAGUAUAUGCCAUGCGUUUUCUUGUGGGCUUAUUUGAAGCCUGCUCGUUCACCGGUGUCAUUUAUGUCAUCGGUUCGUGGAUGCGCAAGGGAGAGAUAGGUCGUCGAGUGGCUCUCUUCUAUGCAGCGGCCCCUCUUGGAACCAUGUUUGCUGGAUAUCUUCAGACAGCUGCGCACCGUGGGCUUGAUGGUGUCGGGAACAUGUCAGGAUGGCGGUGGCUUUUCUUGGUCGACUCCAUCAUUACCAUUCCUAUAUCUUUCCUGGGUUAUUUUGUCUUUCCAGAUGUGCCGCAUCGCUCCCGUCCACGUUGCCUCACGGUCAAGGAGCACGACCUUGCAAUUCAUCGAAUCUCUGACCACACGGCUCCCUCUCAGCUCAAAGUAUCGAAGGAUAUAUUCAGUCGGGUGUUUAAGAGAUGGCACUGGUACCUUUUCGUGUCGCUUUGGACAAUGGGGAACCAGUGCAGUCAAGUUUCUGGGUCUCCAUUCAGCUUGUACUUGAAGGCAAACGAGGCACUGUAUUCCAUCACAAGCAUCAACACACUACCAACAAUGGCGACAGCUAUUUCAAUCGUCACCGCCUUCAUUACUUGCAGCAUAGCCGAUCGCAUUGGUCGUUUCUGGCCCUUGCUUCUUAUCGUCUCCAUACCAACCGUUGUUUCCCAUGCUCUCCUUGUCGCAUGGAACGUUGGAGAGACCGGGCGCGUCGUCGCCUUUUCGAUUGACGGUUUUCAAGGUGCCGUUUUCCCCUUGACAAUGUCUUGGGCGACGAUCACCAUGGUAAAUGAUGCCGAGGAACGCGCUGUGGUGACGGCAAGUAUGAAUGCCAUUGGUCAAGCUAUCAGCGCCUGGAGCCAGCUCCUCCAGUUCCCGGCCAUUGAGGCUCCGAGAUUCGAGAAGGGAUUCUUGGGUGGGCUUGUGACAUCGGUUAUUCAAAUGUUGAACAUUUUGGUCAUUGUUUGCGGUAAUUCGAGGAAAGCCGAAGAGGCCGAGAUCUUCGCCUCGCUCUUACCCGCUUUCGCUCCUGCUUCCGCUUACCUAAUCGGCGUUUAUAGGAAGUACGGUACCCAACUUCAUCUCCGAGGACCUAUCUAG